CACAUUUGAGUAGUUUUGUUUUUAGUUACCAAAAUGCGUCUCUACGUUGGGUUACUAUCGGUUUUGGCCCUUACUUUUAUGAUUGCCUUAAUCACGUGUGCUGAUUCAUCAUCUGGAAAGUCCCGGAAUCGCGAAGAUCGAUUUGAUCUAGAAAACGAGAGCUUUAAUAAUCAAGGAAGUGACGAGCUAAUUGCGUCAUGUGAAAGUAAAGAGAGUGUGGAAAUCAAUAGCUGUCGUCAGGGGAAAAGUAAAUACCCCAAAAGAAAGACAUUUAAAUUCGCCAUUUAGUUAAAACAUUCGAUAAUACUGUUCUCAAU